AGCAACAAACUACAAAACCCUAAACCACACAAUCUCUGCCUAUAUAUAACUCACACAUAAACCCUAAUUUCUUCAUCACCAGCAGCAGCCUUAACUGCAAAGGCUUUGUAUUGAGCAAUUCAAAAUGUCAAACCCGAAGGUGUUCUUCGAUGUUUUAAUUGGCAAGGCAAAAGCAGGAAGAAUAGUAAUGGAGCUAUUUUCUGAUGUGGUUCCAAAAACUGCUGAAAAUUUCCGUGCUCUUUGUACCGGUGAGAAAGGACUUGGUAGGUCUGGAAAGCCUUUGCACUACAAGGGCUCGGCAUUCCAUCGAAUCAUUCCGAACUUCAUGUGCCAAGGUGGAGAUUUCACAAAAGGAAAUGGGACAGGAGGUGAAUCAAUCUAUGGCGCAAAGUUUCCUGAUGAGAAUUUCAAUAUUAAGCACACUGGACCUGGUAUUCUUUCAAUGGCAAAUUCAGGACCCAACACCAAUGGCUCGCAAUUCUUUAUUUGCACUGCGAAAACUCAAUGGCUUGAUGGUAAACAUGUUGUGUUUGGCAAAGUUGUGGAUGGUCUCAGUGUGGUUGAUAAGAUGGAGAAGAUAGGGUCUGACUCUGGGACAACUUCAGAAACUGUUGUAAUUGAAGAUUGUGGUCAGAUAACAGAAAAAUGAUGAGAUUAAUGUACUCCAAAAUCUUUCGAUUGUUAGAAUACCGGUGUAACUCAUUAGGAAUAAGUUGAGAACUUGUAAAUUAAAUAUUUCUUCAAAGUUUCAUUUGUACAUUGUGUCAUGAAACUGAUUAUGAAAUGAAAUUUUGGGAAUUCUAAUAUCAAA